UCCUUCCACGAACAGCCCUGGGCCGCCUCCUUGCCGCCAGGAGCGGACAUGGUGACUUUGCAGAGUACCAUGAACGCUUUAAACAUGAUGACGCCCUGCUGACAUGCUCUUGCGGCCGCAGAAAGGAACCAUCCCAUUUCUAUCAUUGCAGGGAGGGCCGCAAAGCAGCAGCACAUCCAUGGGGCCGCCGGUCUGUGACUUAUAUCCUCUGCACAAAGGCUGGAUACACUGCAUUUGCAGGCUGGUUGGGAGAAUCCAACUUCUAUACAGAUAUCUGCCGACGACAUUAGGCCAUCAAAACUCACCAAAUCCAGGGACAUCCAGGCUUACCUCCGGUCUCCCUUCCUCUCUCUCUCUCCCCUUUCUUUCCCCUUUUUAUUGUACCCCUUCCCUGCCCUUCUUGUUCGCGUUCAUGCUUUUUGUUGCAAACCAAUACGCGCAAUUUCGCUGCUUUGACAGUCAUGAAAACCCAAGCAGCCCCCCGCGCGGGGGGCUACCUGUAUAUAGAUGAUAGAUGGUAGUUUAGCUAGGUGACAGGCAGUCUCGAUCUGCCCGUCGUAUGUCCCGCACCGGGACCAGGGCUUUUCCGCUUCCGAGGUUCCCAAGGAUGCGUGGAAAGACCCGAACCUCGACGUAAAAUAGACACACACACACACACACA